AACGGAGGAAGCCCCAAGCCCCUGGGCUGUGAGCACUCUGGGCCGAGAGCAUCCUCCUGCCGGGUGCCGUGUGGAUGCAGGGGACGGGGAGACGUUUGGAUGCGUGUCUGAGUAGGGCCGAGGCUUCUCUAAGUCUGAGAACGGGCGGAGCCUCGAGGGAGCGCUCUGCGAACUGACCUGGGAAACCGAACUGACCUGGGAAACCGACGUACCGUUGUGUUUGUGAAACGGAGAAAGCUAGGCGGCCAUGGUCCAACCCUGAAGGCUUAUCAGAAGGGCAGACUUCAAAAUCUACUGAAAAUGAAUGGCUCCGAGGAUCUCCCUGAGUCCUAUGACUAUGACCUCAUCAUCGUUGGAGGGGGCUCAGGAGGACUGGCAGCCGCUAAGGAGGCAGCCAAAUACAACAAGAAGGUGAUGGUCCUGGAUUUUGUCACUCCAACCCCUCUUGGAACUAGAUGGGGUCUCGGAGGAACAUGUGUGAAUGUGGGUUGCAUACCUAAAAAACUGAUGCACCAAGCAGCUUUGUUAGGACAAGCCCUCCAAGACUCUCGAAACUAUGGGUGGAACGUCGAGGAGACGGUGAAACAUGACUGGGAGAGAAUGACAGAAGCUGUCCAGAAUCACAUUGGCUCUCUGAACUGGGGCUACCGUGUGGCUCUGCGGGAGAAAAAGGUCACCUAUCAGAACGCGUACGGGCAGUUUGUUGGGCCUCAUAGGAUUAAGGCAACAAACAACAAAGGCAAAGAGAAGAUUUAUUCUGCAGAGAGAUUUCUCAUUGCAACUGGUGAAAGGCCACGUUAUUUGGGUAUCCCUGGUGACAAAGAAUACUGCAUCAGCAGUGAUGAUCUGUUCUCUUUACCCUAUUGCCCGGGUAAGACCCUGGUGGUUGGAGCAUCCUACGUUGCUUUGGAAUGUGCUGGAUUUCUUGCUGGCAUUGGUUUAGAUGUCACUGUUAUGGUACGGUCCAUUCUCCUAAGAGGAUUUGACCAGGACAUGGCCAACAAAAUCGGUGAACAUAUGGAAGAACAUGGUAUAAAGUUCAUAAGACAGUUUGUACCAAUAAAAGUUGAACAAAUUGAAGCAGGGACACCAGGCCGACUCAGGGUGGUAGCUAAGUCCACUGAUAGUGACAUAACCAUCGAAGGAGAGUAUAAUACGGUAUUGCUGGCAAUAGGAAGAGAUGCUUGCACAAGGGAAAUUGGCUUAGAAAACGUGGGGGUAAAGUUAAAUGAACAGACUGGAAAAAUACCUGUCACGGAUGAAGAGCAGACCAGCGUGCCUUACAUCUAUGCCAUUGGUGAUGUGUUAGAGGGGAAGCUGGAGCUCACCCCAGUGGCAAUCCAGGCCGGAAGGUUGCUGGUGCGGAGGCUGUAUGGGGGCUCCGCUGUCAAGUGUGACUAUGAAAAUGUUCCAACGACCGUUUUCACUCCUUUGGAAUAUGGUGCUUGUGGUCUUUCUGAAGAGAAGGCUGUGGAGAAAUUUGGGGAAGAAAAUAUUGAGGUUUACCAUAGUUACUUUUGGCCAUUGGAAUGGACGAUUCCAUCAAGAGAUAACAAUAAAUGUUAUGCAAAAAUAGUCUGCAAUAUCAAAGACAGUGAACGUGUUGUGGGCUUCCAUGUACUGGGUCCAAAUGCUGGAGAAGUUACCCAGGGCUUCGCGGCAGCUCUCAAGUGCGGGCUGACCAAAGACCAGCUGGACGGCACCAUUGGAAUCCACCCCGUCUGUGCAGAGCAAACAGCCAUGUGCCGUAGAGGAGUGCCACUCAAAAUGCAGUCCAGAGAAUGUUUGUUGCUAGUCCAUAAUGAGAUCAGGAUGGAAAUGAAGAAAAAAGGUUUAGAAACUUAAAGGGUAUUCACGACACUGUCGGUGACCAAGCGCUCGGGGGGAAACAUCCUCCAGACCGGUUGCUGAGGUUAAGCCCCAGUGUGGAUGCUGCUGCCAGGACUCCAAACCACUGACGUAUUUCUUGCCCAAGUCCAAGGCGAAGUUUGCGGAAGGCUCUCGGGCUUCAGCAGCCACGUGUCCUGGGCUUGUAGCCCCGAGGCCUCCUUGGAUCUCAUGCGCCGGAGGUGACGCGUGGGUGGCAGGCAGCAUCGCACUGGGGUCAGCAUGACGCACUCGAAACUGACUUUCGGCAGAGCUUCGCAGAGGGGCGUCCAUGAAGUCACCAGCCUCAAGCCCGCGCGGUGGGUGGUGAUGGAACCGUCGAAGCAGUUUUUGCAUGGCCUUUCCUUUGUAGGUUUUCUUAUUCUCACUGUCAACCUUUCUCAUGUUGGUUAUUUUUUUCUUUUUUUCUCCGCCGUGUUAGUGAAAGUAGAGAUGAUAGCAGACAAUUUUUAUACAAAAGCAAGUCGUGGCCACCGUGUGCAAAUAAGGCGGCUCGUUGCUGGGAUGGCGCACUGUGGCUCCUAGGCUUGUCCCGGGGAGAGAGCGUCUCCCCAAAACAAGUGGUCACCCCUGGCCAGGUGUGCUCCCAGGCACUAUACCACCGAUGAUGAAAUGGCUACCUGGCCAGCCUGUUUGGAGGAAUAUUCCACUGCAGGGAACUUGGUCGUACAGCGUGAUCUCCACUGUUCUUCAUCGUGGAGGCAGGUGCACAGCUGAAGUGGGGAGAAACGAUAAAUGUCUUUAUUUAGUCCGUUGUGUGCUGGUCUAAGUGAGCUGAGAUCUUUUGCAAUGGGAAACAUUUAACGCUUGUUUAAAGACUUUCUGGGGGGUAGCUUUUGCUUUAAGCUUUUGCUUUAAGCUAAAAUCACAGAAUACUACAGCUUUAUAUUUCAUGUGUGUUAUGCAUCUGUCCCUUCCUGAGAACUAUAUUCAUAGGAAAAAUAAGUCUUUCCACACUUAACAGUUUAACUCUUGUGGUAAUUACUUUUUUAAAAAAAGCUGUUAAUAUCAUUUAUUAUUUUUGAACACAGGUAGAUGUGAAGGAUUUUCAUGUAAAAACCAAAUGGUUUUGGCUUUUUCUGUUGACUGUACUUGGUGGAAUUUGGGCAGAAGUGUUUCUGCUCCAUUAGCAUUCCAACUCGUGUUAUCACAAAGAGGUAUUAACCCUACAGUUACAGAUUUCUGGCUAAAUGUACUGACGAUGGAUCAUAUUUAAGCCGUUUUCCCACUACAGAAGUUGGAUUUUUAAACAUGUUGUGGACGUCAGACCUCCCACCAGCAGUUCUUGUAGCUCCUUUUUUGUUUCCUCCCCUCUGUGUGUGUUUCUCGGCUACAGCACUGAGUGGUUGAUUGAAAGUACGUUUCUCGGUCACCUCAGGGAACUCAGCGUCUGCCCAGCAUUUAGUCAGCAGAUCCCCUGACCCUGUCUGCCUCACAGCCCUGCCUCACCCUUCGUGCCAUCUGGUUGUGUGGAGACAAUGGGAAAAGGAAAAGAGGAGAGGGGAAUUGAGACAGCUGACUGUGUUCAGUUUUCUUUAUUUAUUUUUAAAUUUGUUUUUUUCUCCAAGUCUGCCAAUCUCUGAAAUUAGAACAUAGGCAGUACGGGGUGAUCAUGCCUAAUCGUGUUGUGAUUCUGUCUUUCUGGAAUAGAAUGUUCUGCCCCCACGAGAAGGAUUCCACUUUAUAGACUUGUCUGCGUAAUUGCCCAGUGUAUCGGAACUCAUUUUAAACUCCGUGUAUUUUUGUUAUAAAUCUUCUGAAAAGAAACUAUGUGAAACCUUAAAAGCUGUUAAUAAUCA